AUGAUUGCAUCACAAAAAGAUGGGCAGGAUUGGUGGAAAAUCGGGCCCAAAUACUCUACUGUAGCUCUCGUUGGAAACUGACUGGAGAAGAGGACAGAGGAAAGAUCAGGAGAGAAAGAAGAGGAAGGUCAGGAAGUGGCAAAAAUGCAGACUCAAACCACACUGAGCCAUCUGAAUGCUGUGCACAGCAGCAUCAUGUGCCUCUCAUCUCAGGGCCUGCCACUGCAGCUUUUCAUCCAUCACCAGGAAGCAAGAAGCCAAAAUUUAGUGGCAGAGUGUGCUGAGAACUGCAAUGGGCACAGCUAACCUGUGCUGCCUCCCCUCUGCAGCUGGAGCAAGCUGGCCUGGAUUCCUCGGAAAUCAGAUUUCCCCAUUCUUGGUAGUUCUUGGCAUUGUUAA